AUGGACCCAACGGCAGAGGUGAUCGUGCAAACGACAAAAGGAGAAAUCCACAUAGAGCUCUUUGUCAAAGAGCUACCCGAGUUUGCGAGGCCAUUUCUUCAGAAUUGCCUAGAUAACAAGUAUAAGGAUAUCUCGUUUGAUAAGGUCCUUCCGAACUUGGUGCAAACGGGAGCCACAGGUUCAGGCACAGCAUAUAAAAAGAAAUUCCACUCGAGGCUAAAGUUCAGCAUAAAAGGGUGUGUAGGUUUGGUUAAUUCGGCUGACGACAAAUACGCUUCGGUAGAUGGCUUCUUCAUCACUACCAAAGAGGCACCAGAGCUCAAUAAUCACUAUGUGAUGAUAGGCAGGGUGGUAGGAGACUCGAUAUAUAAUGUGAUCAAAAUGUCACAGAACGAUUUGAAAGAGGACGGAGAAACUCCCGUACAUCCAGUUUUCAUUAAGGAAACUAGGGUCACCAAGAAGUUCUUCACUGAUCUUGAGGCAUCGGUGGAGGAAAUAAAGGCAGAAGAGCCAAAGAAGAAGAAGAGGAAGGCAAUCAAGUUGGCUUAUGAUGAGGAAGAAGGUGAAGAUGGUGAAGGUGAGUUCAGAAUGCGUUCUGCUCACGAGAUGCUAGGUGAUAAAAAGUUGGCAAAAGCUGAUAGUGAUCAUGCUGAGAAAAAUACAGCUCACAAAGCUGACAAGAAGAUAGAUGAGAACAAAGCUGAGCUACAUAAGGAUCUACAUGUCGUUAAUCAAAAAGGGAAAAUUAAGGACCUGGCAGCCAGCAGCCUGGAGAUACAGCAGCUGGGAACUACUCGCCUGGAGAUUAUGAGUGCUGACGUUAUCACGAAGAGGAAGGAAUCAGAGAAACUACCACAAAAUCUCGAAAGGGAUCCAACUAUCGAUCCUCCAUACGACUCGGACCUAGAUCUUCCCGAGGACACAGUGGAGUAUGAACAGCUAUGUAAGCAUCAAUACGUGUGUUCCUAA